AUGCAGCAAGCAGACGCUUUGGACGAUUUCUUUUCCCAAUACCCUUCUGUUUCCUACAACAGGAAUGUCUCGUCGACUCAGGAGUUCUACCGAAUGAGAAAACAAUUCAAUCAGAUUUCUGGAAGCAGUAGCGACGGCUCGAAGAUUUUGCAAGUUGUCUUUCUUCUUACACGCUUCUUUCGAAUUCUGCGGACCUUUGGCCUUGCGGAGAAAGACGUUCCGAAGAGUAUCGUGUUCGUCCACGGCCUCCGAGGCCAUCCUCAAAAUACAUGCACAGCAGCAGCACUAGCAACAGCGGCGACGCCGGCGAGCGCAAGCAACGGUAGCGACAGCACGACAAAGAAAUCCAAAGGCCUGAAGUCUCUGUUCAAGCAACGAACAGCUGGGUCGCUAUCGAAUGGUGCAGAACAAGAGCAAGGGCCCUCGGCCGGUCCGCCAUCGUCGUCGCCAUCUCAUACUACCGUCUUCUGGCCCGAAGAGUACCUCGCAGCAGACAUACCGCAGGCUUGUGUGUGGACGUACGGCUAUAACGCAGACGUAAUUGGCGGACUUCUCCAGGCCAACAACAAGAACAGCAUCCCGCAGCACGGCCGAGAUCUGUCGGUCCGGCUGGAUAGAGAAAUUGACAAUGAGAAACCACUUGCGUUCGUAAUACACAGCCUCGGUGGUAUCAUUCUCAAAGAUGCUAUUCGCCGGUCAGAGAAGGUUCGCGACCGGACAAGAUUGAUUAUCUUCCUCGGUACGCCACAUCGAGGUAGCGCGUAUGCAGGUUGGGGCCAGAUUGCUUCAAACCUCGCUCGAAUGGCUCUCCAAGACUCGAACAAACGGCUGCUCGAGUCGCUCGAAGUGAAUAACGAAGUGCUCGACAACAUCCACGAGGAGCUCAAGACGAUUGUGUUCGAGAGAACGAUGAAGAUCCACAGCUUCCAGGAGUCACGCGGAAUUACUGGCAUGAAAGGGUCAACCGAGAAGGUGGUGGACGAUUUCUCCUCAAAACUCGACCUCCCGCGAACGCUAGAGACGGUGGAGAGUAUCGACGCGAACCACAUGCAGAUGGCUCGAUACAGUAGCAGAAACGACCAGGACUACCGUGCUAUUGCUGGUGUGUUGAAAACCUUUGUACGACAGGAGCUAGGAAACCAGCAAGUAACGCCGUCUGUUGUUGUGGACCCGGCGGACGUUGCAUUAAGACGAGAACCUAUAAUGCCACUAGCAAGCGACGCCCUCUUUAUAGUGCCUUUUGCACGGGAUGAUCUAUUCGUGGGUCGUGAGCACAUUCUCGCCCAGAUCAGCGAGCGUAGAGAAGCUGCCUCCUCGCAUCCGCGUGUAGCUUUAGUCGAACUUGGAGGUGCUGGAAAGCCGCAGAUUGCCACAGGGUAUGCUUACAGAGUUCGAAAGACCGAGCCGCACGUGCUCGUAUUCUGGAUACAUGCAAGCAGCCCCACGAGAUGCCGGCAAGGAUAUAGAGAUAUAGCCGAUAGACUUUCGCUACCCCUACCCGGGCGCGAAGUCCCUAAGGUCGACGUCUUGCAGAUAGUAUACGCCUGGCUGUCAGACCGCAGGAAUGGACAAUGGCUAAUCAUACUCGACAACGUCGAUGACGACGACGUUUUCUUUGGGAAUACCAACGCAGCCACCAAUGUUAUCGGCGGACAUAGAGGCGUCAUCAAGGUAGAGCCAAUGGGCGAAGAGGAUGCGCUACAACUACUUCACACCAGGGUGCCGUUUAGCGACGCCACUCGAGCAGACGCUAAGAAGCUCGUGCACAAGCUCGAGUACAUACCUCUCGCUAUCACGCAUGCUGGAGCAUACAUCGAGUCAAGAGCAUCCACAACGACGAUAGCUACCUACCUCGACCUGUUUCGUGAGAGCGAAUCUAAUCAGGUGCACCUGCUCAGUAGGAAGGAACUGAAGAACAUUCGACGCGAUCACAGCAUCCGGCAUGCGGUAAUCGCAACAUGGCAAACAUCGUUCCAGCAGAUCCAGGCGACAGAGCCGCAGGCCGCCAAUCUGCUUGCGCUCAUGAGUAUGUUUGACAAGCAGGGCAUUCCACGAUGGCUACUACAAGGCAGCACUCGCCAGCUGGACUUCGAAGACGCUCUAGCGCCAUUACUCAGUUUAUCGUUUCUGUCGAUGAGGCGGUGGCUAGAAGCAGAGAGCGAUCUUAGCAAGUGGGUAAUGGAGUCGAUACUGACUCUGAGCGGAGCAUUUCCUAACGGAAAUUACGAAACGUGGGACCAGUGCAAAGUGCUGCUGCCGCACUUAAAAGAGGUUCUCAACCACAGUACAGAAGACCAGGAAGGGCUCAAGAAGCAAGCAGACAGCGCUGACAACGCAGGAUGGUAUCUGUUGCUUACCGGAGAGUAUGCGGCGGCAGAGGGGAUUUAUCAAUUGUCACUAGAGAUACGAGUAAGUACGCUUGGUCAAGAGCACUCCGACACGCUCACUAGUGUCAGCCAGCUUGGGUCGGUGCUAAAGAGUCAGGGAAGGUACGAAGAAGCAGAGGCGAUGCACCGACGAGCGCUGCAAGAAUGA